AUGGGCUCUCUCUGGAGCUUAGCUGUGCCUCUCCUUCUCCUCUGCUUGAAGGCUGGAGUCGUUGCCAGCUCUGCAGGUCCCUCGCUCCAUCCGGAGCCCAGAGGCUUGGCUUGUGUCACAGAGUUGUACACAGCAGAACAAGGAGUGGAGGUGGGACUCAAAGCUGGCCUCACCUCCAGUUUGGAGGAAUGCAACAACAUCCUACGACCCGGACAAUGUGCCAUCCGGCGGCACCCAGGGCAUAAACGCAAACACCCAUGUGAAGUCAGCCUAUCGGGACUCACCAAGUUAUUCCCUCCCGACAUAGGCCUGAGCAUCGGCAGUUCUGCUCCUGUGGUGACAGUGAACAACACGGAAGUGCCUGCCUUCACUCAGAGGGACAGGCCCAGUUCAGCGGGGGCUUUCCAGACCACUGACCUUACUCAGUACGUUCCUCUAGAUGCUCAAACUCUGAGCGCUGAAACUGCUUCUAACACCUUAGCUGCAACCAGUACCAGCUCAGAGGUUAAUUCUGGGGACACCCAGACCAUCUCUCCUGCAACAGAAACAGGGAAGACACAGACCACCUGUCCUGCAGCGUCAGCCCUGGAUAUUCAGAUCACCUCCACUACAGCGUCAGCUCUGGAGACUCAGACCUCUUCCCUUGCAGCAUUUAGCAUAGAUACUCAGGCCUCCUCCCCUGCAGCAUCAUCGCUGGGCACCCAGACCAGUUCUUCAGCAGCAUCGUUAGACACACAGACCAUUUCUGCAUCAUCCCUGGACACACAGACCACUUCUGCAUCAUCCCUGGACACACAGACCACUUCUGCAGCAUCCCUGGACACACAGACCACUUCUGUAGCAUUAUUCCUGGACACACAGACCACUUCUGCAGCAUUAUUCCUGGACACACAGACCACUUCUGCAGCAUCCCUGGACACACAGACCACUUCUGCAGCAUCCCUGGACACACAGACCACUUCUGCAGCAUUAUUCCUGGACACACAGACCACUUUUGCACCAUCGUCCCUGGACACACAGACCACUUCUGCAGCAUCCCUGGACACACAGACCACUUCUGCACCGUCAUACCUGGACACACAGACCACUUCUGCAGCAUCCCUGGACACACAGACCACUUCUGCAUCAUCCCUGGACACACAGACCACUUCUGCACCAUCCCUGGACACACAGACCACUUCUGCAGCAUUAUUCCUGGACACACAGACCACUUCCUUUGAUGCAUCAUCCCCGGACACACAGACCACUUCUGCAUCAUCCCUGGACACACAGACCACUUCUGCAUCAUCCCUGGACACACAGACCACUUCUGCAGCAUUAUUCCUGGACACACAGACCACUUCUGCAGCAUUAUUCCUGGACACACAGACCACUUCUGCAGCAUCCCUGGACACACAGACCACUUCUGCAGCAUUAUCCCUGGACACACAGACCACUUCCUUUGAUGCAUUAUUCCUGGACACACAGACCACUUCUGCAUCAUCCCCAGACACACAGACCACUUCUGCAUCAUCCCUGGACACACAGACCACUUCUGUAGCAUUAUUCCUGGACACACAGACCACUUCUGCAGCAUUAUUCCUGGACACACAGACCACUUCUGCAUCAUCCCUGGACACACAGACCACUUCUGCAUCAUCCCUGGACACACAGACCACUUCUGCAUCAUCCCUGGACACACAGACCACUUCUGCAGCAUUAUUCCUGGACACACAGACCACUUCUGCAGCAUCCCUGGACACACAGACCACUUCUGCAGCAUCCCUGGACACACAGACCACUUCUGCAGCAUCCCUGGACACACAGACCACUUUCCCCACAACAGGCACCCUAGAGAACCAGACCAUCUUCCCUGUUGAACUGACCCAGACUAUUUCCCCCGUAACAGAGACCAGAACUCUUGCAAUAAAAACGCCUUCCGACUUCAUGGUUGUGCACCCCAACCCUACAGAUACUUCAGCUACAAGUGGCAGCCCCAAAGUAGAAAUGAGCACUCUCAAGACAGGCACAGUGAGUGACCCCGUAGACACUGUCUUUGACACCCUUUGUACGGAUGACAGCUCUGAAGAAGCUAGGAAGACCACAGUUGACCUCUUGACCUUGGCUCACACCUCCACAGAAGCUGAACACCUGACCUCAGAGAGCAGCUCCACCUUGGAGAACUCAGCUAGGGUCCUCACCAGCCCACAGGUCCUGGGACCCGACACUGCACCUCCAGCCAAGGACUUGGUUGCCGUCAGCAUCACCUCAGAAACAGAAACACCAACACCUGCCAUCAUCCCUGGUACCUCAGACACAAACCACAGCCCUACAGGGCCCUUGUCCACUUCUGAGAUGCUAACUUCGCCUCAGUCCCCUGAGGCAAAUCCACUUGGCCCCAAGACCACAAGUUCAUUUGGGACUCUGUUGACAACUGGUACCUCAGCUCUUGCCAUCACCCCAGAGGGCACACUGUCUACUAGUGACAUCACAGAGAGAGAAACAACAGCGGCUCAGACUCCUGCCUCUGGUGGGACUUUGGUGACAGUUACUACGAGCCCACUGAAAGAAACCUCAGCACUUUCUGUUGAGUCGCAAAGCCACACUGAGGUCUUGGGAACAAUUACAGUCUCCAGGGCUGCUGGAUCAACAAUGGCAGAAACAAUAUCCUCUGGUUCAACUUCAGACAGCAGUCCCUCAGCAGGGGCCACCACCAAGGGCUCUCCCACCUCAGAGACUUUAACCACCGAUGAUAGAACCAGCAGCUCCUCCCUCGCAGGUAGUAGCCCUCUUCCUUUUGUCUAUUCAAGUACAGCCAGCGCCAGCAAAAACCCGAACAUCACCUUAGCCAAGACCACAGCCUCACCAGAGACCCCAGGGAUGCCCUCACCAUCUACACCCACUACUUCUUGGACAAGGAGAACCCCAAAACAUGAUCCAGGUGAAGAUGGCGGCUUCCUCCUUGUACGGGUGAGUGUGGCCUCCCCUGAGGACCUCACUGAACCCAAAGCCGCAGAGAAGCUGAUGCACCAGCUCAGCUGCGAACUGCACACCCACAUGCCACUCAUCCAAGUGUCCGUACUGAGCGUCAGAAGGGGCUGAAGGAUGUUAGCUGCAACCAGGCAUGCCCUCCACACCGGAAGAAGAGUUCUGCUAUUUGUGGCCCAGGCCCAAACCAACCAAAGCCAUGGUACUGUGCCAUGGACCAAGGUCAGCUGACUUGGGAACCCGACCCCACACCUGACCACAAGACAUUUGUCCACUCCACCUGACGGUGUGUGCAAGGGGAGA